AUGUAUGCUCCAAGUGAAGAUCAUAUGAAUGCAAUUGAAAGAAUCCUCCGCUAUUUGAAAGGCGCUCUUGGACAAGGACUUUGGUUUCGAAAGGGACCAAAUUUGGAGAUUGUUGGAUCGUGGUCUUUUGCUCUUCUGCUAGCUUCUUCCUUGGCGUCUGCAGCUGUUGUGGAACACACUUUCAAUGUUGGUAACUUAACUGUGCAGCGCUUGUGUGAUGAACAUGUGAUCACUGCAGUUAAUGGAAGCCUGCCUGGACCUACUAUUAAUGUUCAAGAGGGUGACACUCUUGUCGUCUAUGUAUUGAACAACUCACCCUACAAUCUUACUAUUCAUUGGCAUGGAAUUUUUCAACUUUUAAGUGGCUGGUCAGACGGUCCUGAAUAUGUAACUCAAUGUCCAAUACCAUCAGGUGGGAAUUUUACCUAUAACUUUACCAUAACAGGACAAGAAGGUACCCUUUGGUGGCAUGCUCAUUCAUCUUUUCUACGUGCAACCGUCCAUGGAGCCCUCAUCAUUCGCCCUCAAGAAGGAAACUCAUACCCAUUCCCUUCGGUCAACCAAGAAGUCCCCAUAUUGCUUGGAGAGUGGUGGAAUGACAAUGUUGUUGAUGUUGAGAAUAAUGCAACAGCAAUUGGCGCUGCUCCAGCCUUGUCAGAUGCUUUCACAAUUAAUGGCUUUCCAGGCGAUACCUACAAUUGCUCUCAAAAUCAGACAUACCAACUCAACGUGAAUCAAGGAGAAACCUACUUGUUGCGAAUAAUCAAUGCUGCACUCAACGAGCAACACUUCUUCAAGAUAGCCAACCACACUUUCACAGUGGUAGCAAUCGAUGCCACAUAUACCCAAUCCUAUGAAACGGACGUUAUCGUGAUAGCACCAGGCCAAACCGUUGAUGCAAUUCUAAGCACAAACCAAACCGUGGGUUCAUAUUACAUGGCCUUCACACCAUACCAUUCGGCCCCAAACGUUAACAUAAGCAACUCAACCAAUACAGGAGUGGUAUUUUACAAUGGUGCCUCAUCAGCAUUACCACCCAUAAUGCCUGACCUACCAGAUCAAACUGACACACCAACAGCACAUAAGUUCUACACUAAUAUAACAGGGUUGGCAGGUGGACCCCACUGGGCCCCUGUUCCUCGUGAUGUGGAUGAAAACAUGUUCAUCACUUUUGGGAUUAACCUUGACCAAUGUAACCUUCCAGGCCCAAACAAGACAUGUGGUGGCCCUAAUGGUAAUAGAGUUUCAGCCAGCAUGAACAAUGAGUCUUUUGUGUUACCUAGUGGGAGAGGGUUUUCUAUGUUGGAAGCAUUUUACAACAACGUUAGUAGGGUUUACACCAAAGACUUUCCAAACCAGCCUCCAUAUGUGUUUAACUAUACUGACCCAUCUUUGGCUACCAGUAAUUUAAUCGCUUUCGCACCUAAAUCAACGAAGGUGAAGACAUUGAAGUUCAAUUCAACUAUACAGAUUGUGCUUCAGAAUAAUGCUAUCCUUGCUGCGGAGAACCAUCCCAUGCACAUUUAUGGCUUUAAUUUCCAUGUUUUGGCUCAAGGGUUUGGGAAUUACAACUCCACCAUUGAUGAACCAAAGUUUAAUUUUGAUAACCCUCAAAUACGUAACACAAUUGCUGUGCCAGUGGCAGGAUGGGCUGUCAUCAGAUUCAGAGCAGAUAAUCCAGGUAUAUGGUUUGUGCAUUGCCAUUUAGACAGUCAUUUGACAUGGGGGCUAGCCAUGGCUUUUGAGGUUGAGAAUGGACCUACUCCUUCAUUCACACUGCCUUCGCCACCAGCUUAUAUGCCUAAGUGCUAA